UUCUUUAUAUUAAUCCCGCCAUGCAUCGCGAUAUGUAAAUCAGCAAAUGUGAUAAAUAGGCAGGCGAUACUGUGAGUCGGAUAAUAACGAUCCGUAUUCAAUAUGAGUGGUAUGCCGUACCUAGGAAGUAAAAUAAGUUUAAUUUCCAAGUCGGAAAUAAGAUAUGAAGGUAUACUGUAUACAAUUGAUGCCAAAGAGUCGACUGUUGCUCUUGCUAAAGUGAAAUCUUUUGGCACAGAAGAUAGACCUACAGAUCGGCCAGUUGCACCUCGAGAUGAAGUAUAUGAAUACAUCAUCUUUAGAGCUACAGAUAUUAAGGAUUUACGUGUCUGUGAACCUCCUAAGCCACAACCUACCCUUGCUGGUGGUCUUCCCAAUGAUCCUGCCAUUGUCCAACAUUCUGCUCCUACUGUUUCGUUGACAAUGCCGUUUGGUGGUUCAUGUGCACAUACAUAUGCACCUCUUGGUACCUUUUCACCUUAUCCAUUUUCUGGAAUUACCCAUGUGCCACAUGUUGUGAAUUCGCAGUCAUCUAGUGCUCGUUCAACUCCUACUUUCCAAAUGCGUAAAAGUCCCACUGUAGACGUUAGCAUUCAAGUGCCUGCUGACAACGCCAAUGACAAUGCUAACCUCAACAAUGACAACAAAGAAAAAGAAAAGGAGAAUGUGCGUAAAAAUAAUCAAGCAAACAGAAACAAGCAGUCAAGAAGAAAUCGAAGAGGAAGAAAUCGCAGAACAAGUACCUCUAAUAAAACUCCAACUUUGCACUUUGAAGAAGAAUAUGAUUUUGAGCAAGCAAAUGCCGAAUUCAUGCAAAUUCAAGAUAAACUUGAGCAAAUGAAAACAGAUGAUGAAACAGAAGGCGAUACUGAUGACAAUAUUUGCUAUGAUAAAAGAAAAUCAUUUUAUGAUUCUAUAAGUUGCGAUGCCUUAGAAAGAAGUAAAGGCAAUACUCAACGUUUUGAUUGGCGUCUGGAAAGGAAAUUGAAUAUCGAAACCUUCGGCGUUUCUGGAAAUAAUGUAAGAAGAAACUCCUGGCGUGGUCGUGGACCACGAGGAGCUAUGCGUGGUCGUGCAAGAGAUGCAGCCCCGUCCAAUAACUUAAUGGAGAUAAAAAAUAUUCAAAACCUUCCAGUAGUUCCGACACUUCCAGAAGUGACAGCUGUGUGAAAACAUUCUCAGUACUCAACUUGAAUGUUUGGAAUUUACAGACAUACAACAUUUAGAAUAUACACUCAAAGAAUGCUUAAAUGAAACUAUAAUGUAUAUUUUGAUAUUUGUUUAAUGUAAAAUAAUUGCUGCUAGUUUGCAGAAAGUCAAAUAACACUUUGACAGUGUUGCCAUAAUAGUUCCUAUAUUGUUUGUUUUACUACGAAAGUUUGUUAAUAUUCAUUUACUAUGUUAUUUUUCUUUAUUCAAAAUAUGAGAAUAAACUCUUUCCACAAUAUUUUUAUUUUAAAUGAUAAAAUAUUUUCAAAUUCUUAUUUUCAGCUUGGUAAAUCUUUAUUUAUUGAU